GCUUCCAGGCUCCCGCUCCAGCAUGCAGGUCUCCGCAGCCCUUCUGUGUCUGCUGCUCACCGCCGCUGCCUUCAGCACCCAGGUGCUUGCUCAGCCAGAUUCAGUCUCCAUCCCGAUCACCUGCUGCUUCGGUCUGGUCAAUGGAAAGAUCCCCUUCAAGAAACUGGAGAGCUACACAAGAAUCACCAACAGCCAGUGUCCCCAGGAGGCUGUGAUCUUCAAGACCAAAGCCGACAAGGAGGUCUGCGCGGACCCCCAGCAGAAGUGGGUCCAGAAUUCCAUGAAGCUCCUGGACCAGAAGUCCCAAACCCCAAAGCCUUGAACCUACCUACCUGGACUGCGAGACC